AUGCUGCGCCUCCGGAGUAGCUUCCUCUCUCUGGUCCGAGCCGCCUCCCCGCUACCCUCCCCCCCCACCCACCCCUGCGCGUGGCGCUUCCUCUCCACCCACCCCGCGCCCUUCUCCCUCGAGGGCUACCUCGUCACCGCCUGCGGCCUCACUCCCGCUGAAGCCCGCAAGGCGUCCAAGAAGGCGUCCCACGAUUUAUCCAGGGAAACACCGAAUAAGCUCCCCUACUCCCCACGCCUCAACUCCGCCUCCAACCCUGAUGCCAUCCUCGCCCUGCUCUCCGGCGUCGGCCUCUCCCGCGCCGACAUUGCCGCCGUCGUCUCCGCAGACCCGCUGCUCCUCCGCGCUUCGGUGAAGAACAUCGGCCCCCGCCUUCUUGCUCUCCGCGACCGCGUCGGUCUUUCCACCACCCAAAUCGCUCGCUUCCUCCUGGUCGACUCACGUGCUCUCCGCUGCUGCGACGUCGUACCUAGGCUCGAGUUUUUCAUCUCCUUCUACGGUUCGUUAGAGAAGGUCCUGGAAGCCUCAAAAAGGAACCGGAUCCUCCUCAUCGCGAGCCUUGAGAGGUCAAUCAAGCCCAACAUAGCUUUGUUUCGUCAGUGGGGUGUUCGAGAUGUUGCCCAGCUGUGUUCAAACUUCCCGCGGGUGCUUACCUACAACCCGCAACGCGUCAAAGAGUUUCUGGCACGGGCGGAACAACUUGUGCCUCCCACUUCAGGGCUGUUCGGGCAAGCAGUGUCUGUCAUUGCCUGUGUGUCCGAAGAGAAGCUUGCUGCCAAGCUUGAGUUCUUUAAGAGGACUCUUGGUUGUUCGGAGUCUGAGGUUUCCACUGCAGUGUCCAAGACUCCAGCUAUAAUAGCAUUAUCUGACGAGAUUCUUCUUCGCAAGAUUGAGUUCCUUGUCAACGAAGCUGCAAUGGAGCCACGGUACAUUGUGGAAAGACCUGUCCUGCUCACAUACAGCCUGGAGAAGAGGCUAGUACCGCGGCAUAAUGUCCUGACGGUCCUGAAGGAAAAGAGGUUGCUGAGUAGCAAUACAAAUUUUUUCAGAAUAAUUAAAUUAGGAGAGGAGACUUUCAAAUCAAAGUUCAUCGACUGUCACGAGGACUCUGUUCCCGGCCUUGCAGAUGCUUAUGCUGCGGCUCAUGCUGGUAUUGUGCCCUCUAAAGUCAUGGGCCGCAAUUCAAGAAGGAUGGGAGAUUCCACGCACGCACGGACACACCCAUUCGGCCAUUCUCCUCCUCCUCCUCCUCCUCACGCGGCGAGCCAACGGCGUAACCGCCCCUCCGCCGCCGCCGCCGCCGCCGCCAUGCUGCUGCGCCUCCGAAAUCGCCUCCUCCCUCUGCUCCGCGCCGCGUCACCGCUUCCCUCCCCCAUCCACACCGGCGCGUGCCGCCUCAUCUCCACCUCCAAGGCCACCUCCCGCGUGCCCUUCUCCCUCGAGGGCUACCUCGUCACCGCCUGCGGCCUCGCUCCCGCCCAAGCUCGCGAGGUGUCCAAGAAGGCCUCCCACGAUUUAUCCAAGGAAUCUCGUAGAACACCGGAUAAGCUUUCCUACUCCCGCCUCAACUCCGCCUCCAACCCUGAUUCCAUCCUCGCCCUGCUCUCCGGGGCCGGCCUCUCCCGCGCCGACAUCGCCGCCGUAGUCUCCGCGGACCCGUUGCUCCUUCGUGCUUCGGUGAAGAACAUCGCCCCCCGCCUUCUUGCCCUCCGUGACCGCGUCGGUCUGUCCACUCCCCAGAUUGCUAGCUUCCUCCUGAUCGACUCACAUGCUCUCCGCAGCUGCGAUGUCGUUCCCAGGCUCGAGUUCUUCAUCUCCUUCUAUGGUUCGUUUGAGAAGGUCCUCGUGGCCGCCAAGAGGAACGGGAACCUCCUCGUCUCGAGCAUUGACAAUUUAAUCAAGCCUAACAUCGCGUUGUUUCGUCAGUGGGGUGUUCGAGAUAUUGCCCAGCUGUGUUUGACCGUCCCGCGGUUGCUCACCUACAACCUGGAACGCUUGAAAGAGUGUCUGCCACGGGCGGAACAACUUGGGGUGCCUCCCACUUCGGGGCGGUUCGGGCACGCAGUUGCAAUAGUCUCCUGUAUGUCCGAAGAGAAGCUUGCUGCCAAGCUUGAGUUCUUUAAGAGGACUCUUGGUUGUUCAGAGUGUGAUGUUUCCACUGCAGUAUCCAAGACGCCAGGUAUAAUAGCAUUAUCUGACGAGAUUCUUCUUCGCAAGAUUGAGUUCCUUUGCAACGAGGCUGCCAUGGAGCCACGGUACAUUGUGGAAAAGUCUGUACUGCUCACCUACAGCCUGGAGAAGAGGUUAGUGCCGCGGCAUCAUGUGAUGAAGGCCUUGCAGGAAAAGGGAUUGCUAAAUAGUAAUACAAACCUUUUACAAUUAGUUCUUUGUAGAGAAGAGGCUUUCAAAUCGAACUUCAUCGACCGUCACAAGAACUCUGUUCCUGGCCUUGCAGAUGCUUAUGCUGCAGCUCGUGCUGGUAUUGUGCCCUCUAGAGUUUAAGUUUAGCAUCUCAUUUUGUGUUGUAGGCACUUGGUAGACGGUGGGAAUGCAACUUAUGCUUAUUAGCAGCUAUCCAACUGAUGUUUCACUUAGCUCACACUUUUCCCCUGCUGAUGUUUACGUUGUACUGGGAAAGCAUCUCAUUUUGUUUUUGUACUGUGAAUAGGUCUUUGUUGUCUGGAGGGCUGAACUUAUUAAGCUAAUACUGUCAAAUUCCAAUUAGCUUUUCAUUUUAUCUAACCAGUUUAUUUAUUGAUAUGUUUCAUUCCAA